AUGAUGAACAAGCUUUACAUCGGGAACCUGAGCCCCGCCGUCACCGCCGACGACCUCCGGCAGCUCUUCGGGGACAGGAAGCUGCCUCUGGCGGGACAGGUCCUGCUCAAGUCCGGCUACGCCUUCGUGGACUACCCGGACCAGAACUGGGCCAUCCGCGCCAUCGAGACCCUCUCGGGUAAAGUGGAGUUGCAUGGGAAAAUCAUGGAAGUUGAUUACUCAGUCUCUAAAAAGCUCAGGAGCAGAAAAAUUCAGAUUAGAAACAUCCCUCCUCACCUGCAGUGGGAGGUCUUGGAUGGACUUUUGGCUCAGUAUGGGACGGUGGAGAAUGUCGAACAAGUCAACACAGACACAGAAACUGCUGUUGUUAACGUCACAUAUUCAACCAGAGAAGAAGCAAAAACAGCCAUCGAGAAGCUGAGCGGGCAUCAGUUUGAGAACUAUUCCUUCAAGAUUUCCUACAUCCCGGACGAAGAGGUGAGCUCCCCUUCGCCCCCUCAGCGAGCCCACCGUGGGGACCACUCUUCCAGGGAGCAAGGCCACGGCCCCGGGGGCUCUUCUCAGGCCAGACAGAUUGAUUUCCCGCUUCGGAUCCUGGUCCCUACCCAGUUUGUUGGUGCCAUCAUCGGAAAGGAGGGCUUGACCAUAAAGAACAUCACUAAGCAGACCCAGUCCCGGGUGGACAUCCACAGGAAGGAGAACUCCGGGGCCGCCGAGAAGCCCGUCACCAUCCACGCCACCCCGGAGGGGACCUCGGAGGCGUGCCGUAUGAUUCUGGAAAUCAUGCACAAGGAGGCUGAUGAGACCAAAAUCAGUUUGAACAUAUCAUCCCACUCCCUUCUGGCCUGCAAAAUUUCUGCCGAGAAAUCUACCGAUAAUACGGAAACUCCUAGAACCGAAGAGAUUCCUCUGAAAAUCUUGGCCCACAAUGGCUUGGUUGGGAGACUUAUUGGAAAAGAAGGCAGAAAUUUGAAGAAAAUUGAACAUGAAACUGGGACCAAGAUAACAAUUUCAUCCUUGCAGGAUUUGAGCAUAUACAAUCCUGAAAGAACCAUCACUGUGAAGGGCACGGUCGAGGCUUGUGCCAGUGCUGAGAUGGAGAUUAUGAAGAAGCUACGUGAGGCCUUUGAAAAUGACAUGCUGGCUGUAAACCAUCAAGCCAACCUGAUCCCUGGGUUGAACCUCAGCGCCCUUGGCAUCUUUUCAACAGGAUUAUCCGUGCUGCCUCCACCCGCAGGGCCCCGGGGACCUCCCCCGGCUCCGCCCUACCACCACUUCGCUACCCACUCCGGAUACUUCUCCGGCCUGUACCCCCCGCACCAGUUCAGCCCGUUCCCGCACCAUCACGCGUACCCGGAGCAGGAGGUCGUGAACCUCUUCAUCCCCACCCAGGCCGUGGGGGCCAUCAUCGGCAAGAAGGGCACGCACAUCAAGCAGCUGGCUCGGUUUGCGGGCGCCUCCAUCAAGAUCGCCCCGGCGGAAGGCCCAGACGUCAGCGAGAGGAUGGUCAUCAUCACCGGCCCGCCGGAAGCCCAGUUCAAGGCUCAGGGGCGGAUCUUCGGGAAACUGAAGGAAGAGAACUUCUUCAGCCCCAAAGAAGAGGUGAAGCUGGAGGCCCACAUCAGAGUGCCCUCUUCCACCGCCGGCCGGGUGAUCGGCAAGGGCGGCAAGACCGUGAACGAACUGCAGAACCUAACCAGCGCAGAAGUCAUCGUGCCUCGCGACCAAACGCCGGAUGAGAACGAGGAAGUGAUCGUCAGAAUUAUCGGGCAUUUCUUUGCGAGCCAGACUGCCCAGCGCAAGAUCAGGGAAAUCGUGCACCAGGUGAAGCAGCAGGAGCAGAAGUUCCCUCAGGGAGUCACCUCGCCACGCAGCAAGUGA